AGCCCAGUACACAGCAGGAUUAGACAGUGUGGGGGUAUUUUUCAGUUUCUCUUAGCUUGCUGGCCCUUAAGACGCAAACACAAAAUCAUCAGAGAGCAUAAAGGAGGCAAACAACUGUGUAACCCUAGAAGGAAAAAUAACUCGAGUUUGCAGAAAUUUCUUUAAGAAGGGUGUGGAAGGCUACCAGCCAGGUGCCCUUGAACCUGAGAACUGACCUAAAGGGUGGUAGGGUUUGGGUUUCCAAACCCCCAGGUCUGCUCUGCUGGGCAACCAGUCUAGAAACACCUAGGAUUUUGCCUGCUUAUUACCUUUGCACCUGUCCUUAUUCACGUGCAAAAUCAAUUGCUUCACUGGGUCUUUUCGAAGUACAGGGUGUGGGCAGAGUCUUAUCUGAAGCCAUGUCCUGUUUGGACAAGUUGGACUCGCCUUGGCAACUCUCCAUGGGGUGGAGCCGAUGGGUGGAGGCAGGAAAGUAAAAUUGGGUGGCUUGUUCGCAGAGAGAGGAGAGAGGGCGGAUUGUUUGCUCACUGGAUCAUUAUAUUUCAUCUGAAACGAAAUAAUUAACUUCUCCCAUUUGCAAAACACGUUUAAUGCAAAAAUAGCUAAUUUAUGAGGGGCAAAGAUUUGGAAAUACCUCGUGGAGUUAAUUUCCUUUCAAAGCAGCCAUAGAAGACCAAGGUCGAACACCAGAACACCCUAGAAGCUUUAACUAAAAGAAUGCUCAUGUUUGACCCGGUCCCUGUCAAGCAAGAGGCCAUGGACCCUGUCUCGGUGUCCUACCCGUCUAAUUACGUGGAGUCCAUGAAGUCCAGCAAAUAUGGGGUCAUUUACUCUACACCAUUGCCUGAUAAGUUCUUUCAGACCCCAGAAGGCCUGUCGCACGGAAUACAGAUGGAGCCAGUGGACCUUACAGUGAACAAGCGUGGUUCACCACCUUCGGCUGGGAAUUCUCCCUCCUCUCUGAAGUUCCCAUCCUCGCACCGGAGAUCGUCACCAGGGCUGAGCAUGCCUUCUUCUAGCCCGCCGAUUAAAAAGUACUCACCCUCCUCACCAGGCGUCCAGCCCUUCAGCAUGCCGCUGUCCAUGCCCCCAGUGAUGGCCGCUGCCCUCUCAAGGCACGGAAUCCGGAGCCCGGGCAUCCUGCCUGUCAUCCAGCCAGUUGUGGUACAGCCCGUCCCCUUUAUGUAUACCAGCCACCUCCAACAGCCACUCAUGGUCUCCUUGUCAGAGGAGAUGGAGAAUUCAAGCAGUAGCAUGCAAGUACCUGUAAUUGAAUCAUAUGAGAAGCCCAUAUUACAGAAAAAAAUUAAAAUAGAACCUGGGACCGAACCACAGAGGACAGAUUAUUAUCCUGAAGAAAUGACACCCCCUUUAAUGAACUCAGUGUCCCCCCCACAAGCAUUAUUGCAAGAGAAUCACCCUUCAGUCAUAGUGCAGCCUGGGAAGAGACCUUUACCUGUGGAAUCCCCAGAUACACAGAGGAAGCGGAGGAUACACAGAUGUGACUAUGACGGAUGCAACAAAGUAUACACUAAAAGCUCCCACCUGAAAGCACACAGAAGAACACACACAGGAGAAAAACCCUACAAAUGUACAUGGGAAGGCUGCACAUGGAAGUUUGCUCGGUCUGAUGAACUCACAAGACAUUUCCGAAAACACACUGGAAUCAAACCUUUCCAGUGUCCGGACUGUGACCGCAGCUUCUCCCGUUCUGACCAUCUUGCCCUACAUAGGAAACGCCACAUGCUGGUCUGAAAGCCUCGGUCUCACACCUCAGCGCAACUCCCCACUCUCCGGGCUCUCUCUGUCCUCCCUCCCAUUAUCUAACUCAUUUUUUACAUGUACAUUUUAAUUUUGGUUCAGCUGGUCUGAAUCUCUGAAUUUAUAUCAUUCAAAACUUCCAUAUGGUCAGUAGUUGAUACUCUCUAAUCCUCCCUCCUUAUCACGGGUCAGACCUAAAGAAUGUGAACACUUUUUUUUCCGGGGAUGCUAAGCAAACCCUUCUUACAGAUACGUUUAAUGUAAUGAGAACAAGGGAACAUGUAAACUAACAACCAAUUGUCAGUUUCUCCAUGUAUUCCUCAAAAGAAUGUCAAAGUAAAUGUAUUAGAAAUACAGUUUCUAGCCUGCUAGUCCUUGCCAGAGACAUCUGUCCCUCUCUGCACCAUGAUCCCCUUUUAUGCGUGGCAGCAAAAAGAAGAUUGAUCCCACUCACCAGUUAGCAAGACUUACAGCAGGACAUCAAGCUAGAAUAGUCACCUCUGUCAUUGACCUUCACACAUCUUGCCUCACAAUCUGGAUUGUCACCUGAUGUAAAUCAAGGCCUUUGCCCUUUGGGCCUGCAGCCCACAUGGAGGGCUUUGCCACCAUUAGGAGGUGAGCUGGAGCCCUUUAAUUAGGUGGGUGACGGGUAGCAGUUCCAAGGGACAAUGCAGUGCUGAACUUCCUUAGCGGAGGGGCAGGGAGCAGGGACUGCAGAGGAGGAAGCUGCUGGUGUCAACUUUGGGUUGGCUACCAGAGAACUUCAGUUUCCACACGUGCUCAGCUGUGUACAAACAUGCUGCAAAACCAAAUACCCGUGGAGUUAUCCAUGUGGCGAUCUCCAUUCCCACAGUAUCCUUAGUAUGGACCAUCAAGCAUGGAGAGUUAACGAAACCACAAAAAUAUUUGCCCAGUAAUAAAAAGGAAAAAUCUUUAGGGUAAAAGUAUUAAUGGUCUUCCUUUUACCCAACUUGUUACAUAACUUUGCAAGCAGGGAAAUGUUGAGUGGUACUUGUAUUCCCAUAUCAAGUUUAUCACAUAGCUUUUACAUGAAGCUUCUGUGUGAGCUGUAAGGUGCCAGAUCAGCUGUCAUUUGUGUUUGUGGCACACAUAAAUGAGCAUCUGCUAAAGCUUUCAGAGAUUUGUUCAAGUGAGACCCGAGUAGCACUCUUUGUAAAUACAACUAGUUGUAAAGCACACGUACCUUUAUUUUGGGGGCAGAUUUCUGAAAAUUAUAGAAAACCACAGUUCAGGGACUUACAUAAGUAGCUUGAAUAUUCCCAGAAGUUUACUGUUGGAGUUAGUACUUCCCAUACUAUCAAGUAUCCUGUUAGAAAAACAAGCUGAAAAAAAUGACUCGUGUUUACGUUGAAGAUAAAUAACACCAUUAAUGGGGGAAGUUUUUCAAAAGCAGGCUUUUGAGCACAGUAGUCUAAAUGCCAGUAAAAAUAGUUCACACAGAGACAUGCUAUUGGUCUCAAGUUUGAAGAAAAUGGGCAGCGGUGGUCAAACAUGGUUGCAUAUAACCAAAACCAAAUGCCCCUUCAUUCCUCUAUGAAGGAUGGAGGAAGGCGAGAGAGAAGAAUGGAAUCCUGCAGAUCCAGCCCAGCUACCACUCAGGAUCCAAUACAGCCUUAGCUGGGAGAAAUACAUGAUUCAAUAGUUUUAAACAUCUGCAAGCAAGUGACUCUGGAGGCCUGCGAAUUGUGUGGGGAGCUUACUUUGAUGGCGCUAUAUGAAAAGUUAUAGGGACUGCACACCUGGGAGGUCCCACUCAGCCCUGUGAACCAGCUGAAAGGAAAUGUAAGUGAGAAAUGUAAAGAAAUUUGUUAUCUUGGCACUUGGGUUUCUUUUUUUUUUUUUUUUUUUCUUAGCACUACAAAACGUUUUAAGACUAUUAAAAUGCGCUAUUUGGGCUGUUGUUUUCUUUUGUGCAACUGUAACAUGAAUUGAGGAAUAGAAAUGACUCUUAGGAAAGCAGGUAUCACAUUCAUGCUGAAGUGUUUGUGUCUUUGAAUGAUUCUUCCAAAACACUGAAGAAUUGAAGGGAAAGGGACAAAAAAGGACUGAAUUGAUCUUGGAUUGAGCUUUGAGUGUGGAGUGCGAUUAAUAGCUUCAUGGGUUCUCAUGAGAUUUGAUGUAUGCUACAGUAUAUUUAAAUCUUGUUCAAGAGACUUGCGCUACUACUAAGCUUGCUUAGAUCCUGUUAGCAGUUCAUUAACAAAGAUCCAUUUUAACUGAGAGAAAAGCAACCCAGUGAGGCCAUUCUCUAUUUCUUGGCUGGUCUUUUUUAGUUACCAAUUGGCCCUAACCAAAUUUUCCAAAUAUAUAUAUAUAUAUAUAUAUAUAUAUAUAUAUAUAUAUAUUUACUUUACUACUAUAGUUGAGAAAUUUAGUCUCUUAGUCAUUUUAGCUGUUAUUGUGGAAGACCUCAGAUAGGAGAUAAGAUGCCCUGAAGUUUGUGGUUUUAAUGAUGUGCCAUGUUACUAUCAAUGGUGAUUUAAUCGCACUACUUUAAAUUUCUGAGAAUGAUUUAUAAACAAUGAAGUUGAUGUCAUAUAAAUUGUUUAUUAGAGAGUUUAUUCAGUUAUUGCUCAUAUGUCAUCUGGGUGAAGUCAUAAAAAUUAAAUCAGAAUUCAUCAUAUUUCAGAGUUUUAAAAUGUGAAUCUACAUCAUAAAAUGGGCAUUAACAUUCUAAAUGCUUGGUUUGGAGAAUGUAUUUGCAGCAUAGCUAUGUUCAACUACAGAGAUGCUAAAUACACAGCAGUUUCAAGAGCCUUGGAACAGAAUUACAGAGGAACUAUAUGUGUAUAUGUAUGUUUUAUUAACACCCAUCUGCACUAUCAGUAUUGCACUAAUGUGGAAUUCAAGACUAUAUUGCUGAUAUUGUAUAUCUGCCCAUCAUUCUUGAUUAGAUUGUUUUAAAGACAAUCUCAGAGAUCUAAGGUUUUAAAAUAAUUUGAUUUGAAAAUACACAGUUGUCUUGAAGUAAUUGCUGUCAUACGUGAACUCAGUUAUUAUUUUUUUCUUGGUCAAGGUUAACAAUUUCUAAAUGAUUGCAAAUUCACUUAAUACAUUUACAAAGCCAUUUUACAUGCAUUAAACGAGGGCUACAAACAUGUUUUACAAAUACUAGCACUUUUUUUUCUGUUAUGUACUUAGUGUUAGAGGGUCAAAAUAAUCUUUCUGCUUAGCAUCUCUUAAACCAUACCUGCAAAUAUAGCAGGAUUAUUACAUUUACAGUACUUUAAUACUUGUAUAAACUAUGCAGAAAUUUUUAAUAAAGUGUAAUAUAUUUUAUAAGCUAAUAAGACUGAAUGGGUAAAGGUUUUUAGCAUGCAUUAGUAAACUUGCAAAUACUGAAACAUUUUGGUAAUCUUUCUUACUAAAGAUGUGAAUGUUUAAUGUACCUUCUUUGUUUCUACUCUGUAGUCCAAUGGGAAUUGAGUAAUGACAUUUUGUCAUGUCAAACUGUGAACAUAAAUUUGUACUGUACAGUCCUCAUAUUCUAUAUACAGUAUGCAAUAUAUGUAUUAUAUACUUGUUAAUAAAACCAUCAGAAUAUGAAA